CCUUGUCACAAAAACCUUAUUUAAAGCUCCCUUCUCUGCGAUCUGUGUCUACUGGAAGUUGUUUACAGCUUGAAUAUCGUACCACGAAUCUAAAGUUAGAAUUGAAAACAGCGUCUCAGACGAUGACUCUUCUUCCAAAUAGCAGUGAAUGGAAAUUCGUGAACGUGAAUAUCCGUCCGGAAGCAAAAGAAUAUCAGGUUUCUAUUUCUCCCGUCUACUUACCAGCCUUUCCCAAAAUUGCAGAAGUGAAAUACAUUCGUGUUCGAGAAGGAUACUGUCACGAUUGUUUUCCAUGUUUCAAUGACGGUUUGUGCAUUAAAAUAUCCGGAUUUUGUGAUGUGAUCACAGACUGUCCUGAUUUUUCUGACGAAAAGAAUUGUGCCAUGGAAUGUUUUUUUGAUAACUACUACGCCGGAUUUCGAAAUGAAACAAUUUCUUUUGAUCCCUGCACAAAUGGAAAAUGUAGUUUCAACAAAGAACAAAAUUCUAUAGGAUGUGUUGUUGAGAAUAAAUGGAAGCCUUGUAAUCUUGAUGAAUGUGAACGUGGGGAUUUGACGUGCACAUUUGUUGACGAUACGUGUGGGUGGAAACAAUGGAAGAACGGCUUAAAGUGGAAACGCAACGUUAACGAAAACACGGGAGAUGCAUAUGUCUUUCCUGAUUAUGCAAUUGACGUGAGUAGAAGUUUAGGAGACGAAUCGAUUCUAUAUAGUACACCCCAGCCACCAUCAACGGAAUACAGUUGCCUUACUCUGUUUUACUCUGGCAGAAAUAGUCACCUUGAAGCGUUUAUUACCAACGGAACGAUGUAUUUCAGAGAGAGGAGAGUAUUUCAACAUCUGAAUAUACAAUCAGACGAUGUCAUGUCCACCAGUUUCCAAACACCUAUAGAUACCGCGUUUAUGGUAAUGAUAAAAGCAAACUACACAUCUAAAUCAGAUAGCAUUCUGAAAAUUCACAACAUACGUCGAGAAAUCGGAAUUUGCAAAGGUUUUUUAAAAAUACAUUUUUUUUUCACGAUUGAAAUUUCUUGAGACGUAUAUUAUUAUGAUCUAUACGUCAUGAAAAUCAUAUCAAAUUUUUAAACGAAAAGAACUAUUUCAUAAAUAGUUUACACUAUUUUUCUCAGAUAAAGUCCCAUGUGAUCUAUCCCAGUUCCAGUGCAUCGAUGGUAGUUGUAUUGCGAGUCAAAACCUUUGCAACAAUAUCAGCAAUUGUCCUGAGGAUGAAGAUGAAACGUUUUGCACACACAAACGUUAUACCA